CUACCAACCAACACCCACAAGGUUUUCAAUUCUCUUUGUUUCAAUAUUACCGCGUAAAUCAACCAACAUUUGUGUUCCUUCUCGUCUCUACAACGACAAGCCAAAAAUUCAGCCUUUUCUACAGCUUAUAACUGAAAAUGGCAAAUAGUUAUUUCUCCAACUACUCCCAAUCGCGUUUUCUUGCAAAUUCUUCGCAAACGCCAGGAGGGACUCAACCAACGCCAUCUAUCCAGGCUGGACCUAAAUCCAGAUUACCAUCUUCUAAACAUUUUUCUACCUCAAUCAUCCCUGGUUCUGAACAAUCCACUUCCAAGGAAAAAACAUCCAAUGGUUCUUCGCCGAAAGAUUCCGAACCUCAUCCUCUAAGAAACACUUGGGUAUUCUGGUUUCGGCAGCAACGUGCGCCAGGCAACAAGUUGGUCAGUUACGAGGAAGGAAUAAAAAAGAUUUCCGCCUUUGCAUCCGUUGAAUCGUUCUGGUCGCUUUGGACGCAUCUUGCUCCUCCGUCCGCACUCCAACCGACUACGGACUACCUGUUAUUCCACGACGGGAUCCGUAGGCCCGUUUGGGAGGACCCGGUCAACAUAUCAGGUGGUAAGUGGAUUAUCCGGCUGAAAAAAGGAGUCGCCGAUCGCAUUUGGGAGGAUCUCGUCCUGGCUGUUUUGGGGGAUCAGUUUGACAAAUGCCGACAAGUGGAGGAGAAUGGAGAAAUUGCUGCAAGCUGGGAAGAUGGGAGUGACUCUGGCGCGGAGCUACCUGAGAUCUGUGGGUGCACAAUAAGUGUACGACAGAGUGAGGAUAUCAUCAGUCUGUGGAAUCGCUUGGAUGGUGACGUUAAGGUUCGAGAGAGAAUACGGGAUACUAUUCGGAAAGUUCUUCAUCUCCCACCUUCGACAAUCAUGGAGUACAAAUCCAACAAUGAUUCAAUGCAGGAUAAAUCGAGCUUCCGAAAUUCCGCUAUAGAUCGCACUCCUGUGUCUUGAUGAGCUACGAGCGAUUUUGUUGCGCAAAGUAUCGUUAUUCUUAUCAAAACUAUUCUCAAGAAAGAUUUUUUCUGUGAUCUAAUACUGUAGCGUUUGAGUUCGAUACGAAACUCAUGAUCAUUGUUGGGAUGUUUCGCCCUUUCGGUCUUGCUCAACACAGCUUUGACUUCUGAUGUCAGCACUGUCUUGUAUUAUACAUAUGCUUACUUGAA